CCUGCGGGCACUCCUGGUUGGGCUGCAUGGAAGCCUGCCUCCUGCCUGCCUGCCUCCAGAAGGCCAGCUCUAAGAUUUUUCCCAGGGCCCAGCUUAAUCCAAGACACCCUGACACUGCCACCAUUUCAGCCAGGAUGCUGUUCCUUGUCCUUCUCUCACCACUUUCAUGCGUUUUGGGACUUCCAUUCUACAAUGGCUUCUACUAUUCCAACAAUCUACAUGGCAGGGCCUUGAACAAUGGCUACGGAGGUCUAUUCAGUGGUGUGAAGUUAGUGGUGGAGACGACAGAGGAGUCCCUGUUCAGUCACCAAGGAGCCAGUGUGACCCUGCCCUGCCACUACCACUAUGAGCCAGCCCUGGCAUCCCCGAGACACGUGCGUGUUAAGUGGUGGAAGUUGUCAGAGAAUGGAGUCCCGGAGCAGGACAUACUGGUGGCCAUUGGGCAGAGGCACCGCUCCUUUGGGGACUAUCAAGGGCGAGUUCAACUGAGGCAGGACAAGCAGCAGGAAGUCUCGCUGGAGCUUCAAGACCUGCGGCUGGAGGACUCUGGGCGCUACCGCUGUGAAGUCAUUGAUGGCCUGGAAGACGAGAGUGGCCUGGUAGAGCUGGAGCUUCGGGGUGUGGUUUUUCCCUACCAGCCCCCCAAAGGGCGCUACCAGCUCAACUUCCACGAGGCCCAACAGGCCUGUCAGGAGCAGGAUGCUGUGGUAGCUACUUUUGAGCAGCUUUUCCAAGCAUGGGAGGAGGGCCUAGACUGGUGCAAUGCAGGCUGGCUACAGGAUGCCUCUGUGCAGUACCCUAUCGUGCUGCCCCGGCAGCCCUGCGGAGGCCUGGGUCUGGCACCCGGUGUUCGCAGCUAUGGCCAGCGCCACCACCGCCUGCAUCGUUAUGACGUCUUCUGCUUUGCUGCUGCCCUCAAGGGGCGAGUGUACUACCUGGAACAUCCUGAGAGGCUGACACUGCUGGAAGCCAGGAAGGCCUGUCAGGAAGAUGGUGCACAGAUCUCCACGGUGGGCCAGCUCUUUGCUGCUUGGAAGUUCCGUGGUCUGGAUCGUUGUGAUGCUGGCUGGCUGGCAGAUGGAAGUGCCCGCUAUCCCAUCAUUCACCCCCGACUCAACUGUGGUCCCCCUGAGCCUGGAGUACGGACCUUUGGCUUCCCAGACCCCCAAAACCGCUAUGGCGUCUACUGUUAUCGUCAGCACUAGCAGGGUGGCCUGCUGUACAUCUGCCCUGCCCCUGACUUCCUGGGCUGAGUGUUUAUCAGGUGGACCAUUGUCCCUUGUGGGUUGGGGAAUUGCUUGGAUUGUUUUUUAUACUUCCCAACUUAAACAUUUUAAAGGUAGUUUUAUUAUUAUUAUUAUUAUUAUUAUUAUUAUUAUUAUUAUUAUUAUUAUUAC